AUGGACACCGACGGGGGCAAACGGAAGCACAGCUUCAGACAGCAGCCGAACAAGCGGGCAAAGGCAGACGAUGGCAGCGCACUCAAGGCCGGCUUCGGCGCCAAGAUGCUGGCGAAGAUGGGUUACAAGGGCGAAGGUGGACUGGGAAAAGAGGGCGCUGGUAUCUCGGAACCUAUCCAGGUCGUGAAUCGCGGCACCAAGGGCGGCAUUGGCAUUGUCGCAGAAAAGAGCGAGCAGCAGAGGCGGGAGGAGAAGCGCAAGGCUGAAGCAAACGGCGAAAAGUACGUCGACACGUCGGAAGAGGAGCGCGAAGAAAAGAAGAAGAGAAAGGCAAAGACAAGGGGGGAGACGCGCACGACAGCCCCUCGGCCAAAGAAGACGCUGUACGAACUGGAGGCUGCUGGUAUGCAUGUCCCGCUUGCGUUGCAGUCCAUCAUCGAUGCCACGACGGGCGCAUCGACUCCUACCUCGGGCGUGUCUCUCCGUGGAGCCGACAUCAUCCCAUUUGAAAACUCCCUGCAAGCACGCGUCCGACGAGAUCUCAACAGUUUCUCCGAAGCAUUCGAACAAUUGCAGGUUGAGUCGCAGGCCAUUCCGCCCCAGAAGUAUGCGCUGCAGAAGGAGCUCGAGGCGUUGGAGCGACAAAUGGAUGAGUUGGAGGAUUUGCAGGCACGGAUCGAGUCGUUGCGUACGGGCACAUUCGAGGCCGUCUGUGAAGGAUUGAAGAGCCUGCGUGCUGCCUAUCCAUCAAAAUCAUUGCAUCGUGAAUCCAUCGCAGUUAUCCAUCCACACUUUUCGAGGAAGAUCGCGUCCUGGGAGCCGCUUGAAGAUGCGCUUGAGGUUGUCGCAGCAGCAUUCUCCGAAAUGGCCGACAUUAUACAGCCGCGGAGCAGGAGGAUCGUGUCUCAGACUUACACGCAUCCCUCGGAAGCAUUGGUUAGUAGCAACACAGCCGACGAAGAAGAGGACAAGAUAAAGCGAGGAACUUCGUCGUCAUACGAGUCUAUGAUGCUAAAGCUCUGGCUACCCACUGUGAGCUCUGCAGUGACGCAGUGGGAUGUCAAGAACCCACAGCCCAUGGUCCACUUAGUGCAAGUCUGGACGCCAGUUUUACCACCAUUCAUCGCCAAGAGGGUGCUCGAACAGGUCACGCGAAAGCUGUCCACUUCGAUCCACGAGUGGAACCCACGAAAAUUCAAAAAGAGUCCACAUACGUGGAUUGUGGAGUGGCUACCAUUCCUUAGGCCGUCUGACCUCGACCCCAAGGGAUCGGGACUUGUUGCUGAAAUCAAGCGCAAGAUUAGACAUGCAUUGCAGUCCAUCGAUCUCUCCAAAGGCCCAUUACCAGGAAUGGACCAAUGGAGAAAGGUCUUUGGGAAGGCAGAGUUUGAUCAUCUCCUCACCUCCCAUUUGGUUCCACGCUUUGCUGCCUAUCUGCGAGACAACUUCGAGAUUGACCCUGCCGAACCAGACUUGGCACCGCUGGAGGCUGUCUUUGCCUGGAAGGGCCUCGUCUCGAACGAGGUCAUUGGAGAGCUGUUGAGAUCUCAAUUCUUCCCCAAGUUCCUCGAAAUUCUCCAUCAGUGGCUUUCGAGCGAGGAGGUCAUUUUUGAAGAAGUCGGGACUUGGCUUGCGUGGUGGAAAAACGAUAUUAUCAAAGAUGACAUCAACAAUCUGCCUUCGGUUGCAUCGGGUUGGAACGAAGCGUACUUCCUAUUUAACCAGGCAUUCGAUCUUGGCGAGGCGAGAAUGACAGAUCUGCCUGCUCCUCAGGUGGAAGGCACAGAAGCCUCGCCAGAUACGACUCAAUUCUCCAAAUCGGUCAAAAAAGAGCCACCACGCCCAGCACCACAAGUCGAGGAGGCGACUCUCAAGGAUAUACUUGAGGAAUUCUGCGCCGAAGAGAAUUUGCUCCUGAUACCACUGCGCGAAGCUCACACCCAGACCGGCUUACCGCUAUUCCGAAUCACAGCAAGCGCUACAGGACGUGGAGGCGCCGUGGCUUACCUCAGAGGCGAUGUUCUGUGGGUGCAGAAUAAGAAAGACAAGAGCGUCUGGGAGCGUACCGAAUUGGACGAAUCACUCGUUGCAAAGGCCGAAGGGAAGUGAGGCGUCAGCCUCGACGAUACUCCC